CGUAGGAGGACGCACAAUGACGGAACCCAACGGCGUCCAGCUCAAAAGUGUAUCCAGCACACAUGGAAAUGGUGUGGACAACCCAGGAUUUGAAAUAGAGGAGGACAACAUUUCAGAUACUAACAGUGUCAAAACCAAGACUCAUAAAACUAAAAAGGGAUUGGGAUCAUAUUUAAGCAAAGUUGCAAAGCCUAUUACUGCCACAGAGGAUUACGUCAAGGCUCACUCAAAAACCUUCAAAUAUGUUGUGCUGGGAAUACUUGGAGCAGGUUAUGUGGCGUACUUCAUUGCAGCCUGUGUUCUGAAUUUCCAAAGGGCUAUAGCUCUUGUAGUCCUAACCUCUUUGGCUGUUGUUUCCAAGUCCUAUGAUCUUAUAAAGACAUACAAAGGAGAAAGCAUCAGCCGGUGUUUCAGACCUGUAGUCAGAUGCUUCAAAUCUAACUUAAAAUGGCUAAAAUGGAUUUUCAUUGUGGCGAUCGUGGCUCUGCUUGUGGCAUGGCUGGUCUUAGACACAAGCAAACGUCCAGAGCAGCUUGUCUCAUUUGGAGGUGUGCUCAUGUUCAUCCUGCUUAUAUUCCUGUUGUCUGCAAACAGGAGAGCGGUAUCAUGGAGACCUGUGCUUUGGGGUCUUGGGUUACAGUUCUGCAUUGGCCUUUUUGUGAUAAGAACACAACCUGGACUCAUAGCAUUCGAAUGGCUGGGAAAUCAAGUGAAGACAUUCCUUGAUUAUACCAAAGAGGGCUCAUCAUUUGUCUUUGGGGAUCUAAUUGAUGAUAUUUUUGCCUUUCAAGCUUUGCCCAUCGUAAUCUUCUUCAGCUCUGUGAUGUCUGUUCUUUACUUCUUGGGGGUCAUGCAGUGGCUCAUUCUGAAGAUCUCAUGGGUUAUGCAGAUAACGAUGGGAACCUCUCCUACAGAGACCUUGAGCGUUGCAGGGAAUAUAUUUGUUGGGCAGACUGAGGCUCCACUGUUGAUCCGCCCAUAUCUGAAGGACAUGACCAAAUCUGAGAUCCAUGCUGUUUUGGUCGGUGGAUUUGCUACAAUUGCAGGCAGUGUCAUGGGGGCAUUUAUCUCAUUUGGGAUUGAUGCCUCUUCCUUGAUAUCCGCUUCUGUUAUGGCUGCUCCCUGCGCCUUAGCCAUCUCCAAACUGUCUUACCCAGAGACAGAAGAGAGUCCCUUCAAGUCAGAGAAAAACAUCAAAGUGGAUUGUGGAGAUGAGCAGAAUGUUUUGGAGGCUGCUAGCAGUGGAGCAUCUGCUUCAGUAGGUCUUGUUGCUAACAUUGCGGCAAAUUUGAUCGCCUUCCUUGCCAUCCUUGGAUUCAUAAAUCAAGCACUCAGCUGGCUCGGAGGUAUGGUGGGAUACCCUCAAAUCACAUUUCAGCUGAUCUGCUCUUACAUCUUCAUGCCUGUGGCCUUUAUGAUGGGAAUACCAUAUGAGGACACUUUCAUUGUUGCUGAACUGAUUGGCACGAAACUCUUCCUCAAUGAGUUUGUGGCGUAUGAGAAAUUAUCUGAACUGAAGGCCAGCAGACUCAGUGGAAGUGAAGAAUUUAUUGAUGGUGUAAAACAAUGGAUAAAUGUCCGAUCAGAAAUAAUCACCACUUAUGCUCUUUGUGGUUUUGCCAACCUCAGCUCACUGGGGAUUGUGAUUGGAGGCCUAUCCUCUAUAUGCCCGUCCAGAAGAGGCGACAUCUCAUCUCUGGUGUUGAGAGCUAUGAUCACUGGGACUUGUGUAUCUCUUGUAAAUGCUUGCAUUGCAGGACUCCUCUUUGUUCCUCCAUUCGACUGUGUUGGGCUGUUUCAGACAGCUGCUUUUAAUGUCUCAGACGUAAAUAUAAAAACUUGCUGCCUAGACCUUUUUGACAGCACUGUAAACAAUGGGACCAUCUCAUUUGAAGGCUCUUGGACCAAUGUAGCAAAUGUCACUUUGUUUUUCUCCAACUGUUGUAAGUGUUGUGGUAUUUCUGAAGCAGUGUGUUAUUAGAGGAGCUAAAACAUAAUAUUAUCUGUAAUUUAGGAUUUCGUAUGUUUGUAUAUAUUUGUUGCCAUUAAUGUAAAAAUUUUAAGCUGGUAUAUUUCAAGAUGAAUGUAAAUGUCUUGUAUUUUAUUACGAAAUAAUUUGGGUGUUGACUUUUAUUCAAGGUGUAAAAGAUUAA